ACUGCCGAACCGAUCAGUUCGAUCGAUCGUUUUUAUUAGAGUUUGUUGGAUACCCCAAAAUCGAAGAUGCCCCAGUCGAGUUUCUUUGCCAAGAGCGUGCCCUUUGAGCAGAUCGACAAAUUGGCCAUAAGUGGAGGCUACUCCUCGAUCUUUGCCAGCAGUAAACCAGCGGUUCCUGUGGUCGGGAAUUGGGAGCAGCGCUUCUGCCGCUUGGCGGAUACCUUCCAACCAGUCCUGGAUAGGGUGUACGAUUUCGAGGUUCGGGAGGAUGAUGUGUGGAUUGUGACCCUGCCAAAAUGCGGCACCACCUGGAUGCAGGAGCUGGCCUGGUUGGUGGUCAAUAAGUGUGACUUUGAGACGGCCAAGAAUGUAGAUCUCACAUUGAGAUCGCCCUUCCUGGAGUUCAAUGGAGUGGUGCCCAAUGUGCCACAUGACACCAUUGCAGCAGCAAAUGCUCUACCCUCACCGCGGCUGAUCAAAUCCCAUCUGCCCGCCUGGAUGCUGCCCAGGCAGAUUUGGACCAAGAGGCCCAAGAUCAUCUAUGUGUAUCGUAAUCCCAAGGAUGCAGCCAUCUCGUACUUCCACCACUGGCGUGGAAUGGUGGGUUACCAGGGCACCAAGUCGGACUUCAUGCACUCCUUUAUCGAUGGCUAUGUGAACUUUACCCCCUGCUGGCCGCAUGUCCUGGACUUUUGGCAGCUGCGCCAUGAGCCCAAUAUCUUCUUCACCAGCUAUGAGAGGAUGAAGGGACAGUUGGGCCAGGUUAUUGCAGAGGUUGCCCAGUUUCUGGAUCGCGAGGUCACCGAGGAGCAGAUCCAACAGAUGACCCAGCACCUAUCCUUCGAGAGCAUGCGCGAUAAUCCCGCCUGCAAUCAUGUCAAGGAGUUCGAGAGCAUGAAGGCAGCUGCCGGAAGGGAUGUGGAGGAGUUCAGCAAUUCUUCCCACAGGUUCGUUCGCCGCGGAGUCGUUGGAAGUCACAAAGAUGAGCUAACCGCCGACAUCAUCAGGGAAUUCGAUCUUUGGUCUGACAACAAUCUCAGGGAUUACAAAUUGAACCUGGAUGACUUUGCCAACUACAGCAAAUUCGCUUCCGCGUAAUGCUCUCUAAGUAGUUUCGGUAUAAUAUAUCUUGGGUAAUCUUUGUUAAUAGUCUGUAAGCUGGGGUGAUAUAUGUAUAAUAAAUAAUUGCUUGCAUUAUA